GAUGUGAAAGAAUGUGAAUAUUUAAUUAAUCACUGAUUCAUUAUUACAACACUGCGAUAGUAUGAGCACCAGGGUUCUGAUCCUCUUUGGCCAAAGGAAGUAAAUACUAAUGUGAAACAAAUAUAAGUCAGAUCAAUGAAUUAAAAAGGAGGACAACAAAGCAGAGUUUGGGGGAAAUUAAGUUUAUCAAGUUUUCUUGCACAAAUGUCGUUUUAAAAGAGCAACUCCCAUUUUCCUGCAUAUUUGAUACACACUAUACAAAAAGCAUGUGUAAAGCAAAUGCAAAGUGAAAAAAUCACAAUUUCUUAUAUAUAUUUGAAGUUGAACAGUAUAACUCUGCUGUCUGUCACCAGAAACUUAAUUUUAAUCCUUACUAUUGAAAUCGAAAUGGCUCAUUGGCUGAAGCAGGUUACAGGCGACUAUCUGCAACAAAUUUUUGUCGACCAAAGUAGCGGAAACUAACCUGCUCUGGUUGAUAACUCACAAAUGGAAAUCCAAUAUUGGUUCUGAAGUCCUGAAACUAGUCUGUAAAACUUGUGGCUCCCAUUAUCCAACAAAUCCAAGUAUUUCAUUUAAAACAGCAAAAAAAUAAGGCUUCCCCCGUCACCAUGUCUCCAUUCAUUCACAACUAAACAGUGAACAGGUGACAAACCUUAUGCUUCAGCCACUGACGCCAACAAUAACACAGACGAAACCUGACUCCUACUACACAGGGGUUAUUUUUUUACUACUAACUUAAUUAAAACUGCACUGCUGUGAUUGGCCUCCCUCCCAGUAUCCUGCCUUGCCAGACUACUACAAGUUCAUCCUCGUGACCCUUCUCAUCCUGAUGACUCUGAUCGAGGCCAUCAGACUUUAUCUGGGUUAUGUCGGGAACCUGCAAGAAAAGGUCCCAGAGUUGGCUGGAUUCUGGCUGCUGAGCAUCCUGCUGCAGUCUCCUCUCAUCCUGUUUCAGCUCUUUAAUGAAGCCAUUCUCAUACAGCCCCUGGAGAGAGGAGUUCACAUAGUUCUUGCUAUAUUUGUACUCUCACAGGCCCUCUCUGGCUUUGUGGCGCUGCGGGACAUGGUUAAACACACAGAAAGCCAAUUUCACCUCCGACAGUUUGACUGAUUUCUGAAGCUCAGAUGUCUCAUGCCACAUCUGGACACACCUGGACAUGACAUCGCCUCUGAUACUCAAGGGUCUAACAAAAAUGAUGCGUCCUAUCUUUUUGAAUGACAUUUUACACGGGACACUUGCUGAGCACAGUUGUUGGCUGAAGAGAAAAACUUUUGUACCAUAUUUAUUUUUAUAUUUAACUCACAUUAUAUUUUUGCCUUGUUGUUAUUUUUUGUAGGGUGGCAAUAAAUAAAAUCCAGAUAACAU